UACGUCACACCAUGUGCGUUCCAAGCCUCGAUCUGCCAACCAAUCAAGAAGAUGCAUUUGGGUGAGGCUCCUCCCUCUCAUGUUGCUGUCCUGAAGUGUCUGACACAUAGCUGGGGAGACUGAAGAAGUGGAAGGAACCGGUGAGUCCUCUCCAAAAUGGCCGAUUUAUGGACAGAUGUAUACAGUGAUGCAAAACUGUGUGAGGAGAUAGUCCCCAUUGCUAUUGACGCAGCACUCCUGCAAGGAAUUGUUAUGAGAACGAAGGAAAGCCCAAAUUCGUCUGAUGUGGUGAAUUUUGCUCCGUUCACAUUGCUUCCUUCUCCUGUACAGAGAAGCCUCUUUGAACAAGCAAAGUCUGUCCAAGAAGAUUUUAACCUACUGGUGGACCGCCUCAGCCAGAACCCCUCUUUCCUGGAAAAUACACUAUUGAGCACUAUAAAAGUGGACGACUUUAUAGAGAAGCUUUUCAAAAUUUACAGGCAGGUGCUGGCCGAAGGCUUGGCUCAGACUGUGUUUUUAGGCAUCAAUCGCUCAGACUACAUGUUUGACUGCAGAGCGGAUGGGACCACAGCUUUGAAACAGAUUGAGAUCAAUACUAUUGCUGCAAGCUUUGGGGGGCUCUCGUCUCGGACCCCUGCGGUGCACCAACACGUCCUAAGGGCACUUGACAAACCAGAAGAAGCUUGUAAAAUUCUGCCAAACGCCCCAGCUCUUGGGAUAUCCAGAGGGAUUGCGAGGGCAUGGGAGCUGUAUGGCUCACAAAAGGCCGUUGUUAUGUUUUUGGUUGAGAAUGUACAGAGGAACAUAUUUGAUCACCGGUACAUUGAGAACGAGCUGUGGAACAGAAAUAUCAAAGUGAUCAGGAGACGUCUCUCGGAUGUCUAUGAGAGGGGAUCUCUGGAUGAAAAGAAAUGUCUAUACGUGGACGGAUAUGAAGUUGCGGUCGCGUAUUUCAGAACUGGAUACAUGCCUCAGGAUUACACUGAGCAGGCUUGGGAAGCUCGACUUAUGAUGGAAAGGUCCAGAGCAGUGAAAUGCCCAGAUGUGGCAACCCAGCUGGUUGGUACCAAGAAGGUGCAACAGGAACUGAGCCGCCCGCUGGUCCUGGAAAAGUUCCUGCCGGACCAACCCAAAGCCGUGUCCCGAAUGAGAGAGACCUUCGCUGGCCUCUACUCCUUGGAUAUUGGUGAAGAAGGAGACCAGACUGUGAAAAUUGCACUGGCGAACCCAGACCGAUACGUCUUAAAGCCGCAAAGAGAAGGCGGAGGUAAUAAUAUCUACGGCGAUGAAAUAAGAGAAGUGCUAGAAAGGGUUAAAGACGGCAGCGAGCGCACGUCCUACAUACUCAUGGAUAAGAUUAAGCCUCAGCCGGUAAGGAGCUGUCUAUUGAGAGCCAAUGGCAAACUACAAGUGUCAGAAUGCAUCAGCGAGCUGGGGAUGUUCGGUGUAUAUGUGAGGCAAGGUGAAAAGAUGGUUCUCAAUGAACGGGUGGGUCAUCUUCUCCGAACAAAAGCCAUUGAACACGAUGAUGGUGGGGUGGCAGCUGGGGUCGCAGUCCUGGACAAUCCUUACCUUGUUUAACACAUGUUUAAUCUACUGUGACUUCUAAUACUCAAUGUGCCUACGCUGACCCCUGCUGGACACUGGAGGAACUUUUGUAUAUCUGCUUAUUGAAGGCCCAUGCGUUACUUUUUUAGGUUCUUUGUUAUCUUCUGGAUGUUUCUAUUUAUUUAUGGGGGCCACGUAAGACUGGGAUUUUAUACAAGGCAUAGUAAUUAUGAACGAAAAUAGAACGCUUCCUGGUAUUAAGAAAAAAAAAAAAAAAACUCAUGUGGGCACAGAUCUCUCCAUAUCAGCAAGGGCUUCCCCCUCAACCCCUCCUGUCUGCUGAGGACCAGACCAGUGAUGUGAAGAGGGGGAGCUCAUAUUACUGCUCAUUGGAUUCUAAGGCUAUAAUCACCCUAGCCCUUAAAGUUACCUGCCAGCGUGUUAAACUUUUCUCUGCCUUAUGCCACCUUGUGAUAGAGAAUAAGACAUCAGGAUCUUCAACUUCUUGGUUGGCUUACUUUUAACCCACCACCUAUUUGUUUUUUAGCUGUACCUUGUCUUGUAGACUUUUUUUUUUUUUUUUUUACAAAACUGAAAAAGUUUUUGGCAUUAAUUGGGCAAAAAUGUUAAUGCUCUUAAUUUUAGUAAAUUCCCCCUUCCAAUAUUUCUUUCAAGCCAAUUAUGUGUCACUAAAUCCUUUUGUUCUGUGGUCAAUGUGAAGUUCUAUGAUGUAUCAUAAUUUUUACCUUUUUGAUAUGUUACUUUUCAGCUCCAUCUUGCUGCUAUGAAAUUUAGUUUUUAAAUGAAUAAAUGUAUCAUAUGUAGAUAUGUGAUUUAAAAGAACAUUAAAGAUGAUUGUCAGAAGAAUUAUUUGACAGAUUCCCUACAGACCAGCAUGGAUGAUUCAAUUGUAUCAGAAUACGUUAAA